AUGCGCACCUUCCGCCCCGACCAGAGCCGCUACUUCUCGUCCAGCGUGCCGCCGAGCCUCGCAUGCCUCAACCUGGCCGACACCGAGGCCUACCUCGAGCGCAUCGGCCUCGCUCGCUGGUCGAGUGCCGGCUCCUCCUCCGCCAACCUCGCCUCCGAGCCGCCCUCGCUCGACCUCCUCGCCAAGAUCCUCAUGGCGCACCACCUGUCGGUCCCGUACGACUCGAGUGCCAUCCACGUCGGGUCAGAAGCAUGGGCGCGAGGAAAGGCGGGGCAGGGCGAGCCGAUCCAGUGGCGCGCCGGACCAGGUCAAGAACUCGGCGAGGGCAACUUUCGGCGCAUCGUGCUCAAGCGCCAGGGCGGUUACUGCUUCUCGACCAACUGUCUCGCUGCGGCUCUUCUUCGAGGUUUCGGGUUCCGGGUCAGCGAGGUCGGCGCCCGAGUGUACCUGCAGCGGGGCAAGGACCCGGCAGAAGUCGGCUGGAGCUGGUGGUCGCAGACGACGCACGUCUGCCUCCUCGUCGACUGGGAAGGUUCAGGCGGGAGGUGGUUCUGCGACUUUGGUUUCGGCGGCGGCGGCUCGCCUGUCCCUAUUCCCCUUCAACACGGCGCCACGUCACCCUCCCUCUCUCGCUCCGAAUCGUUCCUCCUCUGCGAGGAGGCCAUGCCUCUCGGCGACGACGACUCGUUCCUGCACGAUCCUCCCAAUGGCUUCACGCUGUAUCGUCGCGUUGUCCCGGCCGGCUUCAUCAUCGCCUCGCCCGACGAAACCAAGCUCGAGCCGGGCCACUUCUUUACGCCCUGCAUCCACUUUUCCGUCAGCACCCUCGCCCCGCUCGACAUCGUCGCCAACGACUUUUACAAUUCGCAGCACCCGAGCGCGCCCUGGGCGUCCAUCUUCCUCACGUCGCGCCUCCUGCCCAACGGCGCGCGCCGGUCCCUGUGUCACGGGAUCCCGGCGCUCGAGGCCGGUGCGCCGCAGGACGGCCGCAAGUACGCCAAACUGUACUCGAAGGAGGGCAUCAAGGGCGACGAGUACGACGUCGAGUGGGUCCCGUUCGACACGCAGUCGAUCGGCGCAGUGCUCGAGCGAGACUUUGGCUUCCUCUUGUAGACUUCUCCGUGGAAGGCAUCCUGCCGCAUC